AUGCUAUUCAGGCUUGCUGGAGUCACACUUUGCAUCGCCUUGGUUACUGCACAAGACUUGACUCUUUUCGAAGCACUCAAAGCUCAUGCUGAGCUAUCGAAUCUCACAUACCUCCUUACGCGAUCCCAAGACUUCGUUUCGUGGCUUGAUAGUCUCGAAAAUAUUACACUGCUAGCACCUGACAACAAUGCUAUCGAAAAUCUAACUGGGUCGACAGACAUCACGAGUGUCGAAGUCGAUGAGGAUGGGACCCAAGCUCUCUUGAAGUACCACAUACUGAAUGGCACAUAUUCCAGCUUCGGAACUAGCGAAUAUCGAAGCAUACCCAGUCUCCUACAGCCGUCCGACUAUUCCAAUGUCACUGGCGGCCAAAUCGUGGUGGCCCAGGGUUCAUCAAUCACCAACAUAUCAAGAUUCAUCUCCGGUCUUCUUCACAGAUCGUCAACGAUCGGCGACCCCAUCGAAUUCAAAUCUGGCAUGAUUCACGUGAUUGAUACCACUCUCACAUUGCCCCAAGCAUUCACCGACACAGCAGAGGAUCGCCUGUUCCUCGCUGCUGAAGCUUUCGCCAAAGCAGAGAUAGCCGCGCCCAGCUCUGAGGCACCGCAGACUUUGGAUGAGCUUUCAGACGUCACGGUUUUCUUGCCCAUGAAUCAUUCUAUCAGGGAAAUUGGUAAUCUGAUCGAGAAAAUGAGCAGAGCAGAGUUGGAUCGGGUUGUCGCUUACCACACAAUUGACCAGAGAUUGGUGAUCAACCUGGAAGAGCCGCCCAAUGGGACAUACAUGACUCUCGAAGGAUCGGAGGUUUCCAUAUUUCCUUCGAACGGCCAUGCAUUCAUUAAUAGUGCCAGGAUUGUUGGAUCACCGGACUGGCUCUUCACCGGAGGAGCCAUCUACAUUAUCGACGGAGCACUCAACCCCGACAACCGAACGGUCGACAGAAAUAUUCAAGAUGCUGAAAUCGCCUAUACAGGAGCUUCCUUCACUCAGGAUUUCGACUUUCCUAGCGCGGUAGACUCGGAAUUGCCGAGCAGUUCAGGUACAGGCACAGGCACAAACUCCUCGGGCGCAAACUCGGCAAAGUCAACGAGCUCCGGCCUUUCAAAAGCCGCCAAAAUAGGUAUUAGCGUCGCCGCGGCAAUUGUAGGAUUAGUGCUUCUUGGAGCGUUACUGGCCUUCCUAUUUACCCGCCGGCGUCGAGCAAGGAAGAAUGGUAGACUCGAAUAUCCGAUGUCGGAAUUAACGCCUUCGCAAAAGGACCUCACCAGCAACGCAGCUGUUCCUGGCUCGGAUAGAUACUGA